AUGGAUUUUUCAUCAGUCUCGGAGGAUAAUUGGUGGGUGUUCUUUACACUCCCAGCAAUUCUUGAAUCCCAGAACUUAUGCAACAUUUGGAUUUUGUUCUCUACUGCCAUGUUCUUCCUAGCUGCAGGGCUCAGUGCUUGGGCUUUCUCUUCUGGAGGGCCUGCAUGGAGAGCUGGCCGGAACGAGUUAGGCCAAGUUCCAAUCCCCGGACCCAGGGGCCUUCCAAUUAUAGGCAGCUUAUUCAACUUGAGCCACGGCUUGGCUCACCGAACUCUUGCAUGCAUGGCUUCAAGCCAUGGUGCAAGUCAACUCAUGGCGUUCAGCUUGGGAUCAACUCCCGUCGUAGUGGCUUCCGAACCACGAACGGCUCGUGAGAUCUUGACCUCACCCCACUUCUCCAGCCGUCCCAUAAAACAGUCGGCUAAGCAGCUCAUGUUUAGCCGAGCCAUCGGUUUCGCUCCCAAUGGAGCCUACUGGAGGCUUUUGAGGAAAAUUGCCUCAUCUCACCUCUUUGCACCCAAGCGCAUAUUAGCCCAUGAAGCUGGACGUCAGCUAGAAUGCGCAGCUAUGUUAAGGGCCAUUUCCAAGGAGCAAACCAUGCAAGGGUUUGUAAGCCUUAGAAAACACCUACAAGUAGCUUCCUUAAACAAUAUAAUGGAAAUUGUGUUUGGUAAAAGGUAUGAAACGACAUCACUUAGUGAAGAGGCUCAAGAAUUGCAUGAAAUGGUCAGAGAAGGGUUUGAGCUCUUGGGAGAAUUCAAUUGGUCUGAUCAUUUGCCCUGGUUGAAGAAUUUUUAUGACCCUUUUCGCAUUCAACAACGUUGUUCAGCUCUUGUCAUUCGGGUUAGAAAACUUGUUAAAAAGAUUAUUGAAGAACAUCGAGUUGGAAAGUCGUCUGAGGUCUCCGAUGAUUCUGAUUUUGUCGAUGUUUUGCUCUCUCUAGAAGGUGAAGAAAAGCUUGAUGAAGAUGAUAUGGUCGCUGUUCUAUGGGAAAUGAUUUUUCGGGGCACAGACACUACUGCACUUCUAACUGAGUGGAUCAUGGCAGAAUUAGUUUUGCACCCUCAAGUCCAAACCUAUCUUUACAAUGAGCUGAAAAAUGUUUUGGGAGAUAAAAGUGUCACAGAUGCAGACGUGGCUAAGCUACCCUACCUUCAGGCUGUGAUCAAAGAGACUCUGAGGCUGCAUCCACCAGGACCCCUUAUGUCGUGGGCCCGUUUAUCGACGGAUGAUGUCCACCUGAGCAAUAGGAUGGUCAUACCAGCCAACACAGUUGCCAUGGUUAACAUGUGGGCUAUAACACAUGACCCUCAGGUGUGGGAUGAGCCAUGGAUGUUCAAGCCAGAGAGGUUCAUACCAUGGGCUGGUGGUGUAAAUCUGGACGUGAGAGGAAAUGACCUUAGGCUUGCACCAUUUGGAGCAGGCCGUAGGGUUUGUCCAGGGAAGAACCUAGGACUUGCGACUGUGAGCCUUUGGGUGGCUAAAUUGGUGCAGAAUUUCAUGUUGGCUCAGAACAAUGAAGCUCAGCCAGUUGAUUUGACUGAGGUAUUGAAGCUGUCAAGUGAGAUGAAGAAGCCACUCUCAGCUGUGGUUGUUCCAAGAAAUGGUGCAUUAUUGACCUAA